AUGUCGCUUUGGCAGUCUGUGGCUGGUGUUCGACGCUGGGCGACGCCUGCAGGGUCUGUAUACAAGAGCGAUUGCUUGACGCAGACAGACGAAUCGACAGAUGGUGGUGACGAAAAUAGAGAGGGUGGUGCAGGCAAGGGAAGGGUUGCUGUGGGUUGGUACCGACCUUGA